AUGGACAAGACGGUGAUAAUGGAGAAGCUCUCAUCGGCUGCUGCAUUUGUGGAAGGAGGUAUACAAGAUGCUUGUGAUGACGCAUGUAGCAUAUGCCUCGAAAAUUUCUGUGAGAGUGAUCCUUCAACGGUAAAUUUUAGCUUGUCUUUUCGAUGUGGAAUGCCUCUUGAGUUUAAUUUGAGUUAUAGUCACUAUAAUUUUAGCAGUUUUUACCUGAUGAUGCUAGUGUCUUCUGAUAAUCCUAUUUUUCUUUCACUUGGUGCAGGUGACAGGGUGCAAACACGAGUUUCAUCUCCAGUGCAUUCUGGAAUGGUUCGCAUUGGCUUUAUACAUGCCACACUUUCUCCUUGAUUUCUCCGCUUACUAUCUUGACUAGCUACCAGAUUUCUUCUGGUUGUCAUGGUUUAGAUGCUAAUUGAUGGUUCAGUUUUGGGACAGUUGUUUUCUUUCUUGUUAUAUUGUGUCUCAGCAGGUUAAUUCCCACCUUUUGAGAGCUAUGUUGGAUUAAUUCAAUUGCCUAACAUUAUUUAUAACAUGCGUCUAGAUAGUCUUUUCCGGUCUAUAGGUUUUACUGUUUGAUGUUUUCGAGGGUACUGCCCUCUCCUAGGUAUCUUAGACCAGUUCAGUCGUCUGACAAUUAUUGAUGGCAAUUCUUAAGGUGCUUUUCCCAUAUUAGUGAUCACUUUCUCAGACUAUAUCUGCGCUUUAUCCCUUUUAAUCAAUGACAAAUGAUAGUGGCUGUUUUAAUUUGGAAGGGCUCAUCAAUCAGACACUUUACAUACAUUUUAUCAUUUAACGAUUACAUGUCACUUCCAGAAAGAAUGUUUUUUAUAUAUUUAAAUUAUACGGAUUGAUGAUAUAGGACCAUUCUAUCCAAGAUUUUUAAAGAGAUUUCUGAUCAUCCGAAUGAAAGACGAUGGGGAAUCUAGUGGAUGAAUUACGGAUCAAAUGUACCUCACCUGUGGAGUACCCAAUCUAUCUUUAAUGUAUGAUUGGAUUUUCUCAGAAUCCUAAACAUGUUUCUCCAGUCAUAAGUUUCUUCUUUCUCAUCUUGUAACGUGAGUCAGCACUUCUCAUGUCAUAAGUUUCUUCCAUCAUAUGAUGUAAUACACCAUUUACUAGAUGAGUUGGAUUAUCUGAUAUAUGGGUCCUAGGGUAUUUCCACAGUGAGCAUGGAAAAUUAGAAGACUCUUUUAAGAACACUUGGGAUAGGCUGAGUGAAGAUUCUCACGUCCCUUGCUCUUUUUCUUCGGUGAAGUGAUGGCAUCUCUGAUGUGUUGCUGUUUUAACGACUUUAGGCUCCCUGCAUUCUGCUCUUCGAAUGGAAAAGUCUUUUCUGUUUGGCUGAAGACAUUUCUGGGAUAUCUAUAGCCUAUUUUUAGCUAGACUAAGAUUGAAUCGCCUACCCUUUAUAUAUAGCCUUCCUCAGCAAGUUAAGUUUGUCGACAAUUACCUUGCUGUUUUUGUUGAUCGAUAUCACAUAAUAUUCUAAUCCUAUCCUCUGAGGAGGCGAAUAGGCAUGGAGUUGACAUAGAGCCUAUGAUCUUGAUAGCGACAGAAACGGUUGGUAGCAAAAAACAAGAAAAAAGUGCCAAGAGGCAAGGCAAUUAACAGAUGUAAUUGCCAAGACAAGAGGCCUCGACAUUCAUCGUGGGAAGGUAGACAUCAGACUGACAUUUCACUGGAUGUUUGGUAGAAAAAUCGUUUUUUUCGUUAGAGCCUUUGGCCUGUCAUGGAUUCACUGUGAUCACAAUAGGAGAUAAUGACCUUGCCGUGCCAAAAUAAUUUCCUCUGAACUGUGUGUAUAGUACUCCGACAUCAUUCCAGAAACUAUAGCUGCAUCAAAGAGAUCCAUAUCUCAAAGUUGGUGCUUGCUGUCAAGGACUAUAAAAUGUGGGAAGUUAAGUUAUUCAUCAUAAUUUCGAAAACCAGUGCACCCUGCGUUAUUCAUGACGUUUUGUGCUAAAUAAAAGGGAAAAGUUAUGUAUUAGGUGAUGUGCUUUCUGGAAUGGAUUCCGAGUCACAGUUCUUCAUCUCUGAGAGAUGAUUUUUCCUCUUGGUAACAAGCUCUCGUUUUCUCUUGUCAAUCUAUUUGUAGGUGCCAGAGGAGCUCCCAAUGCCCGAUGUGCUGGCAGCUGAUCACUUUGAAGGAUCCUACGAGGUUUGCUUCAUCUGCCAUAUUCAUCUCUUUCGCUAUCAUCAAUCAGUUGGUUGGUCACUUAAUCGGAUACAACUUUUUUUCUUGGCCCCCCGUUUUCUUCUUCUUCAGCCAAGAGCUUCUCGAGGCGGUAGAGAGGGAAAGGAGCUUAAGGUUCAGUCAGCCACGGGGUACCACGGCCUUGUUCCAUCAUCCUGUCGUCGGCGAUUUCGAACUGCAACACGUAAAAACCCUUUCUCUCCACCCCUCCCCCGUUCUUCAACGUCAUCAAUCAUCAUCAUCAUCAUCAUCAUCGUCAUCAUCAUCUUCAUCUGCAAGUACUUGUUGUGGUCCUCGGCAGUUGCCGGUGGGGGUAAACGACGCAGAGCUGGAGGAACGGAUCAUCCAGCAUCUGGCCGCCGCCGCCGCGAUGGGGAGGACCCGCCACCUGGGCCGGCGUGACGGCGGCCGCCGGAGGCCAGCCGGCGGCCAGGGCCACCAUCCGCAGUUCCUGGUCUUCCCCGCUCACCCCCACUACCCUCUUCCCCCUUCCUCCGAGGAGAGAGAAACCGACGGCGAUCACCCAUCUGUCGGCGCCUCCUCCGCUGCCAGCCCCUCCCCUCCUGCGCCGCCGCCGCCGCCGCCGCCGCUGCCCAGUGGAGGAACCCAGGAGUCGUCCUCUUCCUCAUCCCGGCCAUCCGCCAUGAACUGGUACGCCAUGUUUUUUUUUUUUAACUGUAGUGACUUGUUCUGGAUCUGAUUCUGAUUAAUGGCAGGAAUUCUGGGGGGCCGGGGCCGUCGUCGGAGCUGCAGUCCUUCUCGGAGAGCCUCAAAUCUCGGCUGAACGCGGUGUCUGUGAGGUACAAGGAGACGAUCACGAAGAGCACGAGGGGGUGGAAGGAGAGGUUCUUCUCGCGGGGCUCCUCCGUGUCCGACCUCGGCUCGGAGGUGAGGAGGGAGAUCAACCAAGGCAUCACUACCGUCUCCCGGAUGAUCGAGCGCCUCGACUUGCGCGACACCCACCCCCCCCCCGACGAUGGCGCCGCCGCCGCCGCCGCUUCCUCCUCAUCCUCCAGCGGGCCGACGGCGGCGGCGGCGGCGGCGCCGGAGAAGAGCGGCGGCCCCGGGUCGUCGUCGUCGGUGGCCGCCGCCUCCGGUCUCUGA